AGAUUUUGAGAUUGCAAGUGGUAGUAAUAAAGCCUGUGUUCGCACUCAUUUCAAGGAAACAGUCCGGUGUCACAAAUCAGGAAAAAAGGAAUACAGAGGGUGAACUAUUAAGUUCUUCUGAUUUGAUUUAUUUUUCUUUUGAUAUAUUGUGAUAAUUUGUGUUGUUUAGGUGUGACCGUGUUGAAUGGUUAGAAGAGAAAAGAUUUUGGCAAUUUGAAGGAUUUGUUUUAGUUUUAGCUAUUACUUCAACUGCCUGUGUGUUUCUUAGACAACGUGUUCUUGACCACAGACACUUGAAAAGUCUCCAGCGAAGGCUUGCUAGCUCUGUUUAAUUUACAAUCUCCAGAUAUAUUAAUUUAUCAUGACAUCCCUGUACAUUGAAGGAGAGUUACAAGAGGACGGAAAGCUACUAGUUAGCUUAGAAUCGGCAACAUGCCUUGCCCUUGUGUGUUUCAUCAGUCCCCCACUGACUGUUUUUGUCAUUCCCAUCCACAAGGACUCGGACAACUCUCUCGACAUAUUAUUCACAUCUCCCCCAGAAUUGACUUUGUCAUUUCUUGAUAGUCUUCCUCUACCUGCUGCUCUCUGCCGACCCCCUGUUAUCAGUUUGGAUGACGGCAUUUCCAGUGUAGCUGGAUUGUCUGCUGUUCUUCGAAAGAUCAUUCAAGUAUGUCCAAAAAAUAAACGAGAUCUUCUUGGUUUUCGCAAAUCUUGUCUGGCAGCUCCGUUUGAGACUUCACCUUUCGUCUGGUUUUGUGAAGUUGGUAUGUUACGAGGAGAUGAAAGUGCCUUAGCCCAGUUGGAAUUACACUUAUCUCUCCCAAUCCGUAUUCAUAAUGCAGGUAAAUACAAAUCUUUAUUGGAGGAGGGAAGUCGCUAUGCCGAAGGCCCUCAUUUUCUAUUAACUGAUAUAGUGUGUGCUGUUGGAAUCAGUAUCAUACUUCAGCGGUUUCCUGUUGGUACUAUUAGCUCUUACCCCAACAUCGAGUCUUGGUUGUUAAGAGUUAAAGUUGACCAGGGGUUAAGCGAAGUCCUUGAACUAUUCAAAGCUUUACCAUUGAAAUAUAGCUCAAAUGAUGGACCAAUGGUUUCGCCUAUCUCUAGCUUGUAUAAGAGAGAUCCACUUAGGUGUAAGUCAAGGCACAACAAUGUGUUUACUCAGCAAGCUGAUAUUGAUUCCAGCUUGAAUUUUUUGUCAUCUGUGAAGAUGAUGCAGAUGAAUAAAAUUCAAAUUAUUCCUUUGCCGGACUCAGUACCUCUUCCGGAUGUACCUCCAAGCCGCAAAGAAAGAAAGACUCAACAAAUUCAGAGUUUUAUUUCUGCAGCAUUAGGGGUUUGCCGUGAAGGCGACAUAGUUGUGGAUUUUUGUGCCGGAAGUGGUCAUGUAGGUCUGGCACUUGCGUCGUGUCUUCCUCCUACUGUCCAAGUGGUUCUCCUUGAUGCCAAAGAGGGGUCGUUAACCAGAGCAAGGGAGAAGGUUACUGAACUUGGGCUCAGAAAUGUUUGGCUUGUUCAAGCCAAUCUUGGCUACUUUACAGCCAAAUUUCAGGUGGGUUUGGCUUUACAUGCAUGUGGUGUUGCAUCAGAUCUCAUGCUCCAUAAGUGUUUAGAGAAAGAAGCCAAUAUCAUCCUUUGCCCUUGUUGUUAUGGUGGUAUUAAGCCGAAUGAGACAGUUAAAUAUCCACAAAGUGAAAAGUUCAGAGACACAGGACUUAGUGAAGAUGGCUUUAUUGUCCUCGGCCACUGUGCUGACCAGGUUACCCAACAAGGAGCGCGCAGUAUGCUCGCUGUCGACACUGACAGAUGUUUAGCAGCUGCAGAGAAAGGCUACAGAGUAGAAUUAUCGAAAAUGGAACCUAUAACCUGUUCAACAAGAAAUAAUGUGAUAAUUGCUGUGAAAGAGUAACUGUGUAAUAUCCUAAUCUCUGUAUAUAGAUUUGUGUAUAUAUAUUUAAUUUAUGGCUGUACAUUUUUAUUUUUCGUACAAAACCAAUUGUAUUACCUAUGAAUUGAUCAGACUUGAAAUAUAUUUAAUAAAUAAUUUUAUAUUUGU